AGCAGCAUCCGCUCCGAGGGACCGCCUUUGAGGAGCAUCAACGAGAGCUUGGCCAUAUUGUGCAUCCACCUCAUCGUAAAUCGGCUGAGUCACACCUAUACCGGCGGUCUCAGUUUUAACAAUAAAAUAGGACAACAAAAUCAACAAGGAUUAAAAUAAAAAAACGUUAGCAGGUUUUUACACCGUAUCGUCUCGGAAAAUGGUUAAAUUGGGGAAUAAUUUCAGUGACAAAAACAACGCCAAAGCCGUCUCAGAAGAUGGAUUCGACACCAUUCCCCUCAUAACACCCUUGGAUGCCAGUCAACUGCAGUUCCCUGUACUCGACAAGGUGGUGGUAAAGACCAAAACAGACUAUGAUGGGGAGCACAAGAAGAGCAAGCUGCACUCCCCCAAGAUAGCAGAAUUCUCAAUAAGCAUAAUCGAAGGGGUAUCUGAACGACUUAAAGUCACUCUGCUGGUGAUUUGUGCUUUGGCAUUUCUGGUCUGCGUGGUGUUUCUGGUGGUCUAUAAAGUCUACCAAUAUGAGCAGCCCUGUCCAGAUGGCUUCAUGUAUAUGCAGCAGCAAGGUCGGUGCAUGCCGACGGGGAUGUACGGCUACUACCCACCAGGUGGGCGCGGGCGUCUCUUCACCAUCAUCAACCACUACAACAUGGCUAAGCAGACCAUCACCCGGUCCGUGUCCCCGUGGAUGACCGUCAUGUCAGAGGAGAAGGUCACCCAGCAGGAGACCGAGACCCACCAGAAGUUGGCCUAAUGCACUGGGCUGUAUUCAGAGGAUCACCAUCUAGACAUGUGAAGAAAGGAUACGCGGUGCCAUUCAAGCAAACCCAAAUCUGGAAAAGCGUUCUUGAGCUAAAAUGAUUAUUCCUGAGCUGCACCAGUUUUAAUUGAUAUUGUAGAACUGCAAUGUAUCAGGCAUUAAGUAUUGUUUUAAUCAGUUCAAUUAUUUUACAGAUGCCUUUGUGUAUGCACAGACCGGAACAGCGGUCGGAGGGAUAUCAGUUUUGUUUGAAUAGCUUCCGUGGUUAGUUCUUAUUAUGGCGAACACACACACAAACAUGUCUUGCCACACUCGUUGACAAAACAUCUUUGUACACAAACGUAAAUGGGGAAUAGAAUCUCACUUUAGUACCCCAAAUAUAAACUGACUGUGAACCAUAUAGUCUGUGGAGCUGGUUUAACCACACAUGCAUGCAUGACUUUAUAAGGCUUAUGUAUUUUACACAGACUGUCUUUAUUACAAAAAAAACAUAUGAAGUACCGUCAGAAUGUACUGUUUAGCCCUUGAGAUCCUGCUAAAAUGACUGAUAAAAAAAUAACGUUUUUCUCCUCCUAGAUGGUUUUGCCUCUCCCAUUUGUGGAUGAAUGGGCUAUGACUCACUUGAAGAUACAUUUUUAUAAUCUAAAAUCUUAAUGAAUACAAUCCAAAAGUCAUGUCCUAUUGAUGUUUUCGAAGUCAAAUGACUCCAAUGUGUAGAGAACUUUUAAUUCUGGGUCUUGUUCAGUAAGCACGAAACGGGAACACAUUUUGAAACAGGGAGAUACUACCUUUUCAAAACACUUUGCGACGCUGUGCCAUACUGAACACGACCCUGGCAUGACGCUCACUAUAUUUGUCUGUAGAGCUCGCCUUUAUUGUGAACAACACUGUUUGAUCAGGCACUACGUCAAGGUCUAGAGAAAGCAUGCGAAUGCUUAUUGUCACUGCAUAGCAUAUCCCAUGUUGUUGAUACUGAAUGUUUUUGCAUUGCUCUUGAAGGUAAUGUGUCAUGCCAUUGAAUGGGGUUCUGUAGUUGUCAGUCACCCUAGAAGGCAGUCAAGUCAUACAGAAAUACCAGAUUGAGUGAACGCGUGCAGUGCAACUCUAAAAAAGACAUCUGACAGGAGAUUGCUUCAUUACUUAAAAAAAACAAUUUGUCAUUAAAGGGGUGUAAUUUAAGUUUGUUCAAUGAUACAAUGACUUAAACAGAAGUACAUUUUAUGCUGUUUUUUGGGGACAAUUGAGGAACAUGGAUUGGCUUUGAACUGUAAACCAAAUAUCUAUUAAAAUGCACACAUUUCACAUCAACCUUUGAGUAAUCCAUCACAUUAAACAAGAGAUGAAGUUCCUUUAUGCUAAUUUCCAAAGCCAAUUCUUUGGAUCGUGGUUCAUGCCAUAGGCCCAGAUUUCUAGAUCUGUAUGUAAUCUGGAUACUAUUGUUUUGCCAUGAACUACUGCUAAAUGAUGUAAAUGUAAACUAGACUAGGGAAUGGCUGAAGUACAAUCCAUACAAUAUA